AUGAUAUCCGCAUUACUUUGGGUUCAAAAGGGUAUUGUUUCUGAAACCCCUAAAAAAUAUGAACUUGACGAUAAUGAAUAUGAACGAAUUACAGAGUAUAAUUUAGAUCAAUAUGAUGAUGGCGACGUAGAUGAGAGUGGACAACCAAUGAGCAUUUUUGGAAAUAUAAAGGGUUUAACUUAUUAUACUUCAAAUGAAGAAGAUCCAUAUAUAACUAUAAGUGAUGAGGACGACGAAUCUGAUGAUCUUAAAAUUCUCGCCACUGAUAAUGUUAUAGUUGCAGCAAAAACCGAAGACGAAAUUUCACAACUAGAAAUAUAUGUCUAUGAAGAAGCUGAAGAUAAUCUCUAUGUACAUCAUGAUAUUAUGCUUUCAUCAUUUCCUUUAUGUUUAGAAUUGUUAGAUUUUCAAUUAAAUAGAGAGGAAGGAACUAAUGAUGGAAAUGAAAAAGGAAAUUAUGUUGCAGUGGGAACUUUUAAUCCAGAAAUCGAAAUUUGGGAUCUCGACAUUAUAGAUUCUAUAGAAAUUCAGAAUACCAUACCGAUGCAGUCAUGUCAUUAUCAUGGAAUAAACAUCACAGCAAGUUCUUCGGCUGAUUCAACAGUAAAACUUUGGGAUCUUCAAUCACUUAAAUGUGUGAAUUCAUUUAAACAUCAUAAGGACAAGGUUCAACAAGUCGAAUGGAAUUUUAUGGAACCAAAUACAUUAUUGACUGCAUCUUUUGACAAAACUGUCGCAGCUUUUGAUAGUCGUACACCUGAUAAUGUUGCAUAUUGGAAUAUAGGAACUGAUCCAGAAUGUAUACGAUGGGAUCCGUCAACUCCUCAAUAUUUUUAUGUUAGUACAGAAACUGGUUUGGUUUUAAAUUUUGAUAUGAGAAAUUCUGGUCAAGUAGCUCCAAUUUUUACAUUACAUGCACACGAUUCGGCUGUAUCAUCUUUGGAAAUAAGUCCAUCAAUUCAAGGAUGUUUGGUUACCGGGUCAACGGACAAAAUGGUUAAGGUUUGGGAUAUUAAAAAUUCAAAACCGUCAAUGGUCGUAAGUCGAAAUUUAGAGGCAGGAAAAAUAUUUUCUACGAAAUUUUGUCCCGACUCUCCUUUUCAAUUGGCCAUAGCUGGUUCAAAAGGAAAAGUAUUUAUUUGGGAUUUAUCAUGUAAUGCUGGCAUAAGGAAUUCAUUUAAAGGAAGAACAAGUUUUCCAAUUAAAAACGAUGGAAUAAAUAUAGAUGUUAAAAAAAAAGAUGAAGCUAUUUACAUAUCAGAAAUUGAUUAA